CAGGGUCGUCCAACACCACAAUCUUUCGACUUUCCUCUUGUCUGCGCGACGACGCAAGCGAGUUGUUCUGUGCGGGCCGAGUUUAUAAGCUGCACUUGCCUCUCGAGGGUGUCUCUCCCCUUCUAGCCUGUCCAGCGUCUUUUUGUUGAUUCACCAUUGCGACACGGGCUCAUCUCAAGGAGCGGUCAACAGUCACCCCUUUCACUUCACUCGCGCUUCCAACAGCCUGUCACGCACGUGAACGCCCUCGCGCGCUUUACUCAACGCUCACGCAUACCGUCCUCGACCCUUCGCGACGAGCCAGACGUAGCACGCAGCCAUGGGUUUCCUCGAGGAGUUUGUCGGUCCCGCGACCGACAAGUUCUUGGGGCUCAGUCUGCGCGCCCAGAUUGGUGUUGGUCUCGGCGGAUUCAUCUUCUUCUCAGUCCUCAUCAACGUCCUCAACCAGAUCCUGUUCAAGAACCCCAACGAGCCUCCGAUGGUCUUCCACUGGUUCCCCAUCAUUGGCAGCACAAUUACAUAUGGCAUAGACCCUCCUCGCUGGUUCAAGCAGCAGCGCGAGAAGUAUGGCGAUAUCUUCACCUUUGUCCUUCUCGGCAAGAAGACCACGGUUUACCUUGGCCCCGCCGGCAACGAGUUCAUUCUGAACGGCAAGAUCAAGGACGUCUCGGCUGAGGAGAUCUAUACGGUUCUUACAACCCCUGUGUUUGGCAAGGACGUCGUAUAUGACUGCCCGAACUCCAAGCUCAUGGAGCAGAAGAAGUUCAUGAAGAUUGCUCUUUCCACUGCCGCUUUCCAACGCUACGUUCCCAUCAUCACCGCCGAGGUCGACGACUACUUCAAGCGCUCGGCCGACUUCAAGGGCAAGUCUGGAAUCGUCAACAUUCCCAAGAGCAUGGCCGAGCUCACCAUCUUCACCGCUUCCCACACUCUGCAAGGCAGCGAGGUCCGCAGCAAGUUCGACGAGAAGGUUGCCGCUUUGUACCACGAUCUCGACAUGGGUUUCAGCCCCAUCAACUUCGCUCUCUACUGGGCCCCUCUCCCCUGGAACGCGCGCCGUGACCACGCUCAGAGAACUGUCGCCAAGAUCUAUAUGGACGUCAUCAAGCAGCGCCGGGCUGCUGGUGCCACCGAGACCGAGGACAUGAUGUGGCACCUGAUGAACUCUACCUACAAGAACGGCACCCCAGUCCCCGACCACGAGGUCGCCCACAUGCUGAUUGCGCUUUUGAUGGCUGGACAGCACUCGUCUUCUUCCACUAGCUCGUGGAUCUGCCUCUGGCUCGCCGCCCGUCCUGAUGUCAUGGAGGCCCUAUACCAGGAGCAGAUUGAGGUUCUUGGUGCCGAUCUCCCCCCUUUGACGUACGAGAAUCUGCAGAAACUGUCCCUCAACCAGGCUGUCCUCAAGGAGACCCUCAGACUUCACGCUCCCAUCCACUCGAUCAUGCGCGCCGUCAAGUCCCCCAUGCCUGUUCCCAACACACGCUACGUCAUCCCCACCAACCACACUCUCCUUGCUGCGUCCGGUGUCUCCGCCUCAGACCCCAAGUACUUCCCUGAGCCUGACUUGUGGGAGCCAACGCGCUGGGACAAGGACUCGCCGAUCGCCCCUUCCUCUGCCAUCCAGGCUUCUGGUGAGGACGAGGAGAAGAUCGACUACGGCUAUGGUCUGGUCAGCAAGGGCGCCAACUCCCCGUACCUGCCCUUCGGUGCCGGCCGUCACAGGUGCAUUGGUGAGCAGUUUGCUGGUGUGCAGCUGCAGACCAUUACGGCUAUGCUUGUGCGCAAGUUCAAGUUCUCCAACCCGGACGGCACCACCGGCAAGGUCAUUGGCACCGACUACCAGUCUCUUUUCUCGCGGCCCUUGGAGCCUGCCAACAUCCGCUGGGAGAAGCGUGACGAGUAGAGGUUGGUACAAGGUGCUUGGGCCUGUAUUGCGAUGAGACAACGAUAAUUGCUUAAUUUUGGAGUAUUUUCGUGUAACAUAUGUAGGGAGUGUCUCUUUGGGAGAGGAGAAUACUUGGGAGCAAAGAAGGCGAUGCGACACACUAUAGAUGAAGGGCAGAGAGCCCCGUGGCCUCCCGUCAUUCUUGACGAGCGGAGGUCUAGACACGCAUACAAUUAUUAAUAGUAUUAUAAGCUAAUCAAGAACAAGAUGCGAUACAUGCCUUGUGCUUUUUCCUGGAGGUCUGACGGUCACGUAAUUAGUCUUUGCAUUACCUCUGUGA